AUGGCAGUCUGGCAGGCCAUGUCUGAGUGUAACUACUGCUGGCCAUCUAGGACAUCACAGACCAAGGAAGAGCCUGUGGAAAGAUAUGAGGCAGAGCCUGUGGAAAGAUAUGAGGCAGAGCCUGUGGAAAGAUAUGAGGCAAGACAAAUGGGCAGAACCGCCAGCCAGUCAUACACCAACACUAGCACCACACCCAGUCAUACACCAACACUAGAACCGCCAGCCAGUCAUACACCAACACUAGAACCGCCACCCAGUCAUACACCAACACUAGAACCGCCACCCUGUCAUACACCAACACUAGAACCGCCACCCAGUCAUACACCAACACUAGAACCGCCACCCAGUCAUACACCAACACUAGCACCACCACCCAGUCAUACACCAACACUAGCACCACCACCCUGUCAUACACCAACACUAGCACCACCACCCAGUCAUACACCAACACUAGCACCACCACCCUGUCAUACACCAACACUAGCACCACCACCCAGUCAUACACCAACAUUAGCAUCACCAGCCAGUCAUACACCAACACUAGAACCGCCAGCCAGUCAUACACCAACACUAGCACCACCACUCAGUCAUACACCAACACUAGAACCGCCACCAAGUCAUACACCAACACAAGAACCGCCAGCCAGUCAUACACCAACACUAGCACCACCACUCAGUCAUACACCAACACUAGAACCGCCAGCCAGUCAUACACCAACACUAGCACCACCACUCAGUCAUACACCAACACUAGAACCGCCAGCCAGUCAUACAUCAACACUAGCACCACCACUCAGUCAUACACCAACACUAGAACCGCCACCCAGUCAUACACCAACACUAGCACCACCACUCAGUCAUACACCAACACUAGAACCGCCACCCAAUCAUACAGCAACACUAGAACCACCACCCAGUCAUACACCAACACUAGAACCGCCAGCCAGUCAUACACCAACACUAGCACCACCACUCAGUCAUACACCAACACUAGAACCGCCAGCCAGUCAUACACCAACACUAGCACCACCACUCAGUCAUACACCAACACUAGAACCGCCACCCAAUCAUACAGCAACACUAGAACCACCACUCAGUCAUACACCAACACUAGCACCGCCACCCAGUCAUACACCAACACUAGCACCACCACCCAGUCAUACACCAACACUAGAACCGCCACCCUGUCAUACACCAACACUAGAACCGCCAGCCAGUCAUACACCAACACUAGAACCGCCACCCAGUCAUACACCAACACUAGCACCACCACCCAGUCAUACACCAACACUAGCACCACCACCCAGUCAUACACCAACACUAGCACCACCACUCAGUCAUACACCAACACUAGAACCGCCAGCCAGUCAUACACUAACACUAGCACCACCACUCAGUCAUACACCAACACUAGAACCGCCACCCAGUCAUACACCAACACUAGAACCGCCACCCAGUCAUACACCAACACUAGCACCACCACCCAGUCAUACACCAACACUAGCACCACCACCCAGUCAUACACCAACACUAGCACCACCACCCUGUCAUACACCAACACUAGAACCGCCACCCAGUCAUAGACCAACACUAGAACCGCCACCCAGUCAUACACCAACACUAGCACCACACCCAGUCAUACACCAACACUAG